AUGAAGGGGUUAAUUUUAUUGCUCCCUUUCUGUCAUGUUGCAUCUCCAGUGCUUCAUUCCAUGAAGUAUUUCUACACAGCAUCAUCUCAGGUCGCAAACUUCCCAGAGUUUGUGGCUGUUGGUUUAGUUGACGGUGCUCAGAUUGUUUACUAUGACAGCAACACACAGAGAGCACAACCCAAACAGGACUGGAUGGUCAACGUGACAGCUGAAGAUCCUCAGUUCUGGGAGAGGGAAACUGAAGCCUUGUUGGGCUCCCAGAAGGCCUACAUAACCAACAUUGAGACUGCAAAGCAGCGCUUCAACCAAACUGGAGGUGUUCACAUUGUCCAGAAAAUGUACGGGUGUGAAUGGGACGAUGAGACUGGAGACGUGAAUGGAUUUGAUCAGCAUGGUUAUGAUGGAGAAGACUUUAUAGUGCUGGACCUGAAGACAAUGACAUGGAUUGCUCCAAUACCACAGGCUGUCUUCACCAAACACAAGUUUGAUGUGAAAAGAGCUGAGUUGGAAAUGUAUAAGAACUACCUCACCCAGAUUUGCGUUGAUUGGCUGAAGAAGUAUUUGGACUAUGGGAGGAGCACUCUGCUGAGAAAAGAGCUUCCCUCGGUGUCUCUCCUCCAGAAGACUCCCUCCUCUCCAGUGACCUGCCACGCUUCAGGUUUCUACCCCAACAAAAUCAUGUUGUUCUGGACGAGAGACGGAGAAGAGUUUUAUGAGGAUGUGGACCACGGAGAGAUCCUCCACAACCACGAUGGAACCUUCCAGAAGAGCGUUGACCUGCACGUUUCAUCAGUCAAACCUGAAGACUGGGGGAGGUACAGCUGUGUGUUUCAGCUCUCUGGUGUCGCGGAGGACAUCGUCACCAAAUUGGACCCAAAAAUGAUCAAGACCAACUGGGAUUCUCCCUCAGAGUUUCCCACUGGUGUUGUUGUUGGAGCUGUUGUCGGCCUGCUGGUCCUGGUGACGAUCUGCAUCACUGGAGUCUUCAUUUGGAGAAAAAGAAACAGGGAGGGUUUUGUUGCGACCGAGUCGUCAAAGCUCUGUAGUGAGCACUUCAAGCCUGAUGAUUUUGACAGGACGGGUCAGAUUGAGCUGCUGCAGUUUGAGAACAACAGCGACCCCAGACAACACUGCUCAUGA